UUAAUUAACGUCACAUUGAAUAUAAAUGUUAAUACUAUAUAAUUAUUAAUGUCCUGGACUGAGCUUCCUCGUCGAUACUUUUCUUGCCUUUAAAAUCGAGUUGGUAUUCAGCAGGGUUUGCACGGUUCCUGUCAUGGCCAGUGCAGCCCAUGUGAGCAAGGUUCGAACCCUAUAUAAGAGGAUCCUAGUGUUGCACAGGUUCAUGCCCAUCGAACUGCGGGCUCUAGGGGAUCAGUAUGUCAAGGAUGAAUUCAAAAGACACAAAUCUGCAAGUCAGGAUCAAGUCCAACUCUUUAUGAAGGAGUGGGAGAAGUAUAAGGACACGCUCCAGUCUCAAGUCCUCGAGGCUGUAGGAACAAGAACCCCGGCGUUCGGAGCCGAUCUAUCCGAGCAGAAACUCAGAGACUUGCAGGACGUACAGAUCGGACAGCUUUACGAACUCAUGCUGGAGUCGACCAAACCGAACCGGCAGUUCGACGUGCAGGAGGAGGACGGCUCGCCGAAAUAAUAUAAACGUAGUUCUUCAUCUCUCAGAAUGGACCUGUCAGCGUUUUAUCACGUACCUCAGGGGUAAAGUGUGGUUCCUCAGAGAGGAAAAGCUUUUAAAGUUUGGAGUGAUAUUAAACGUAAUGCCUCGCC